CUCAGAUGCGAGCUGCAAUACUUAAACCAAAUUCAGGCCACCGCUGCCGCUGAACAGAAAGUCUGCGCAGACUCGUCUUCUUGCCAAGUUCUUGCCAAAACCAGCAGGCCUAGAGGUUGCCUUAACCUAAAUAUACAAAACACAGAGCAUCAUGGACGCGGUAGAUAGAGGAGUCUACUUUGACGAGGACUUUCAUGUCCGCAUUCUUGAUGUUGACAAGUACAAUGCUUCAAAGUCGCUCCAGGACAACACAAAUGUGUUCAUUAACAACAUCCAAAAUAUGCAAGGCCUCGUGGACAAGUACGUGUCCGCCAUCGACCAGCAGGUCGAGCGGCUAGAAGCUGAAAAGCUGAAGGCCAUUGGCCUGCGGAACCGGGUGGCUGCGCUGAGCGAGGAGCGGAAACGUAAACAAAAGGAGCAGGAGCGCAUGCUAGCGGAGAAGCAGGAGGAGCUUGAGAGGCUCCAAAUGGAGGAGCAGUCGCUGAUCAAGGUGAAGGGCGAGCAGGAGCUCAUGAUUCAGAAGCUGUCGGACAGCAGCAGCGGGGCGGCAUACGUGUAAACGGUGUUCGGACGUCAUGCGUGCAAAGGUAGUUUGCUCUGUGAGGGUUGGCUGAGGCGGCGGAGGCUGCUAUUGAGGCUGCAGCAUGCGGUCUGGUGGCAGAUGUACAUAACGGUAUGGGGUGUUGGCGACAGAACGAAACGGCGAGGGUGCGCAAAUGUCGUGCAGAAGCGACGCUACAGUAUCCAUGGUACGUAGAGGCUUACUGGGUGUCAGUGCGUCGUCCGCCACUGGGGACACACUUGCAGCGAGGAGCGCCAUUGUUUGGCCCACGGAUUGCGUCAAGGACUUGAACGGCGCCAGUGAAGGCGGGGAAUGGAAUGUAAACAAACGACUCG